GAUUCAUUUGCGAUCUAUGUAUCAUCUAAAGCAAAACAAAACAAGCAGUCUAUUGUUUGAUUUGUAGAAUAGCGUGCUAAUAUUACUCCCAUUUGAAUGAACAACACAUGUAAUUAGGCGCUUCCUUAACACGAACUUUUGGUAAGCGGUAAUAAAUCGGCUCUAAAUUAAGCGGACAAAAAGGGCAUUUAAAUAACCGGCUGCUAUUAGUUUUCGUAAGGGGAAAACACGACUAUUUGUUAAUAACGAAUCAAUGUACUCGUCUAUUAUUUAUUUAUACCAAGUUAACAAAGCCGCUUGUUGCGUUUGUAACGUUAGAUUUAGGUCUCCCUUUCUUUCUCUCGCUCUCGAGUACGCUGCCAAGCUAACUGUAAUGGAACAUAGCUAGCCGGCUCUGAAACACAGAGUUGAUAUUACACAUGUGGUUUUAGACUUUCUUUUAUCUGAAUGGUUAAUUACAAAUAGUAACCGAAUUAUCCAAAUGCAUGCAUAAUGUAUAACAUUUAUUGAUUAGGGAAGCCAUUUUUCGUAUAGUUAAUUAACUCUUAAAUUGAUUAAAUUGUUUGUUUUUUAACGGUAAUCAGGUCUAAAUGUCGUGUGCAUGGCCCUAAUAAUGCCGUGCAUUUUCAAAGCAUUUAACGCCAACUUUCACUUAUUUUGAUUAUUUUAGUUAAAGCUAUUUAUGAUGUUUGCACAUAUUUAACUAUUGUCCUUUUAUAGUACACAUUUACUAUUAGUAGCCUACCGUAUUAACAGUUGAUGAGUCGUCGCUCUGAAACAGCAACCAAUGAUGCCGCGUUAUCACCUUCCUGCUGCGAAAAAUGUGCAUAGGCUGUAGUAUUAUUAUGAGUAAUUUCUAACGGGGCUGCGAGGUGCUGGAGAUGAGAAUGAACACUUUGAAUGGAGUAUGGUCAGGAGGAACACCCGAAGGGGAGGGCACUGGAAGACUGAGCAGUGGGCAGCGGUCUGAGAAAUCUUGCACAGAUGAUGAGGAGACUUUCAAUGACACCCUUCGCUUCCCUGCUGAUGAGGUGGACAGAGGAGGUAAUGCCAACUCUUCUUCACCACUACAUCACCAUCUCCCAAAGCCGCCCAGUCUAAUGAAAACCAGUAAGAACUCAUCACUGGAAGCCAAUGUGAAGAGAAGGAGAAUAAAACCCCUCAAAACAAGCCAAGAGAGUUUGACAGACCGGACAGGGACCGGAUCUUCAUCAGAUUCCCUUCAGGAUGAUGUCUUGGGCCCACCUGCUUUUGAUGGCUCUGCUCGGUCUCCAAGCAGACAGUGGUCCAUAGAUGGGAGCCUCACGGACACGCCAGUCAGCGUCUGCCCGGCCAGAGACCGUGGGGGCAGCUUGUCAGAACCUGACAAAAAGAGCUUCAAAAGCUGUGAACCAAUAUCGAACAGCGCUGCCUCCUCCAAGAUCCGCCUGUCUCCGAUACAUCCUUCAGGGCCCAUGCCUGCGGUGGAGCUCUGCACUGCUUCCACAUCCUUAAGAACAGCUAAUCGCAUUGACAGGGAUUGUGUGGAUUAUGGCGACACAAGGAGAGCAGGACCAGAGCGCCUGCAUAGGAACCUCAGUGACAGCCGCUUACUGGAGACCAUGGUGUCUGAUAACACCUCCCUCAACUCCAUGAAGUCCACCUCCAGUGUGCUCAACCCCAUCCGACCCAGGGACGUAAGAAACAGGAGCUUUCUGGAGGGUAGUGUUUUAGGACACGGUGCACUGCUUGGGGCAGACGAACUGGACCGAUAUUUUCCAGAAAGGCGACUGGGAAUUUACAUCGUCACUUGGAACAUGCAAGGGGAGAAGGAGCUCCCAGCAGAUCUGGAUGACCUUUUGCUCCCUACAGACUCAGAAUUUGCUCAAGACUUUUACGUUAUUGGAGUCCAGGAGGGCUGUGCUGACAGGAGAGAAUGGGAAACCCGUCUUCAGGAAACACUGGGGCCUUACUAUGUCAUGCUGAAUGCAGCCACUCACGGGGUGCUUUACCUUUCUGUCUUUAUUAGAAGGGACCUCAUCUGGUUUUGUUCAGAGGUGGAACACGCCACAGUCACCACACGCAUCAUCUCCCAGAUCAAGACCAAGGGCGCUGUCGGAAUCUGCCUGACCUUCUUCGGCACCUCGUUCCUCUUCAUUACCUCCCACUUCACCUCUGGAGAUACCAAAGUAUAUGAGAGAAUCCUGGACUAUAACAAGAUCAUCGAAGCCCUUGCCCUUCCCAGAAGCCUUCCUGACACCAACCCGUAUCGCUCCACUUCCUCGGAUGUGACGACUAGAUUUGACGAAGUGUUCUGGUUUGGGGACUUCAACUUCCGUCUGGAAAAGGACCGUGAGGGAGUGGAAGCCAUCCUGAGAGAGCUGGAAUCGGACCUGGCUCCACUGCUGCAGUACGACCAGCUCGCUAAGGAAAUGCGGGAUGGUUCCAUCUUUAAAGGAUUCCAGGAAGCACCAAUAAGCUUCCUGCCCACCUACAAGUUUGAUGUUGGCUGUGAUGUUUACGAUACAACCUCAAAGAAACGAAUUCCCUCCUAUACGGAUCGUGUUCUGUUCCGGAGCAGGCAAAAGGACGAUAUAACUGUAGUGAAGUACAGCUGCUGUUCAUCCAUCAGGACAUCGGAUCAUCGCCCUGUCGUCGGGAUUUUCCAGGUCAAACUUCGCCCUGGUAGAGACAACAUUCCGCUUGGGGCUGGCCAGUUCGACAGGGAGCUCUACCUGGAGGGCAUCCGGAGGAGGAUCAGCAGGGAGCUGAAGAGGAGGGAGGCCAUGAAGAGCCAGAAAAACAGCACCGUCUGCUCCAUCUCCUGAGCAGAGGGACCGGAGUGACCCCGCAUGAGGAGGAUCGGCAUAUCGGAGGCGUAAGAGAGCAGCAGAGCUCCUCAGCCAUGGAGGCCGCAAAGGAAGAGAGACUGUUCAGUGAGGACAGCAGAAGCCAGAGACCAAAGGACCUUGGUAUUUGGAAGAGCUGGUCCUCUGCUUACACUGCCAGCCGACCUUUGCGGCUCACUCCUCCGCAGAACUGCUUCAACCUCAAUGUCAUCUUAUUAACUUCCAUUAGGAUGACCAGGUAGUCCAUGUCAGGGGACACUUUGAGCUGCUUCGCGUUUAACAAACUGUUUUAAAACUGAAAGGCUCCUUUGCUUGGCUAAUUAGUUCUGGUCUUCUUGUGCUUUGACUGGUUUGUUUCCUUGAUUGAAAGUCUCAUCCAGCGGUUUCAUAUUAACAUUAGUGGCACAUGCAGGAAUAUAGGAGACUGACCAAUCAGCACACAGCAAGGACUCAGUGCAUAAGUGAAAUCCAGGUCUUUUUGAUUGAAAAGGUAGCUUACAAACCCUGUCCCAGCUGAAAGUGUCCUCCCUGACAUGGGUUAUCUGGUCACCCUACUUACAUAUUUAAUCAGCCUUACACUAAUGCAUGUAGAUACUGUACAUUAAUGUUUCCUACAUUCACGUUUAACCAGCACGCUUAAUGUGCAUUUCAUGUUCGUCUGUUUGGUUCCAGUGACUUGCGUUUUGGAUAUCACUGGGCUAAUUUCCUAUUUUUCCAAGUGGACUCAACUAUUUGUCCUACUGGACAUUCCUAGCAGUAUUUGCUGAGGACCAAAGUUAAAAGGGAAUCGGAGACUGGGCCAAUUUCCCCAUGUGAGACCAGCCAUCGUGAUGAUGUCAUUGCCUUAAAGGCCUGCCUUGGUUACAUGCACAGCGUCAUUCACCAGUGGCAGUGCCUUUGAUACACCCAGUGUAAUGUCUGUCCAUCCAUUUCCAGAAACGGCUUAUCCUGUUCAGGGUCACGAGGGGUCCGGAGCAGGGAACAACUCAGGAUGGGGCGCCAACCCAUCACAGGGCACAUUCACACGCCAUCCACUCACA